GACAGGCAUCGGGCCCCCAGGCGGGGCGACAGGCAUCGGGCCCCCAGGCGGAGUGGCGGGCACCGGACCCCCAGGCAGAGCGACAGGUCUCGGGCCCCCAGGCGGAGCGGCGGGCGCCAGACCCCCAGGCGGAGCGACAGGUCUCGGGCCCCCAGGCGGAGCGGCGGGCGCCGGACCCCCAGGCGGAGCGACAGGCACCGAGUCACCAGGCACGACAGUGGGCUCCGAGUCAACUGGCAUGACCGCUGGCACACUGGGUCAGACAUUGGAUCGUCUGGCUGGACAGCGGGCAUCGGGUCACCAGGCAUCAGGUCAUUUGGCUCGACAGCGGGCACCGCGUCAUCUGGCAAGGCAGUGGGCUCUGAGUCAACUGGCAUGACCGCGGGCACUGGGUCAGAGAUUGGAUCGUCUGGCUGGAGAGCGGGCAUCGGGGUCACCAGGCAUCAGGUCAUUUGGCUCGACAGCGGGCACCGCGUCAUCUGGCAAGGCAGUGGGCACCAAAUCACC